AUAACAGCAAGAGGAUACUGCCGCCAUCUUGCUGCACUUGACGAGCAGCUUCAAAUCCCUGAACUUGUCAACUUAGUCGCAAGUUUUCUUUUGCAACAACUCAAUGACAAUACGGCCCCAAUGCAGGAUGCCAGCCAAUACCGCAGCCCGCGUCUCCGGAUGUCUGUGUUUCAUUCAGCCGUAGCAACAUUCUACGCACCCAGUGAUCUGUCUGGAUGA